AAUAAAAGGAGGCUUGAUCAUGAACUUGAUCCACCCUCUCCUCCCGCUGAACCAAAAAAAAGGCGGCCGAAACAGACAGACGAUAUGCCUGAGCUAUGGGGUUCACGCAUUGCUUCCCGACAGCGUCAAAAUAGCUUUUUUUAACGAUUGGGCAGCCAAUAAACGACAUGAAACGUGUGUUGGCUUUUGUAUGCUUGAUACCAUGGUGGUGCGCCCUGAGAUUGUCUCUUGGUAGUCUAAAGAGUGUGACGAGAGAAGAAAGUUUGGGACACACUGGGAAUAGUCCAUUGCAGUGGGGACUAAGAGGGGUGGAUGUGCGCACGCACUAGUUAUUAAUGAAGUAAUGUUCGGAUGCAAUUUUGUGUAGAUGUUUAGAAUGACAACAAUUAAUGAUGCGUAUAGCCGACAUGAGCUUAAGCAAAAUUAUUAGGUGUUCAUUGGGCCCCUGGUAGAUCGGGGCCCAAGGUUUUUCUGACAUUUGUCUAAUGGUAAAGUCCGCCUCAGCUGUUGAAACAUUAUAGCAGGGGCAAGGGGAGAUUAUAUGUCUAUGAGAGAAACCCAUAGCUGCAGUGUAAGUAGCCUUUUUGCAUUUAGGUCGACUCGCUUUUAAUGAUCUGAGUCUAUAGAAAUUAGUUAUGACGCCGCCAAGUUUGCCAUCAAUAGUUUCCAUCCCUGGCAGACGUUAUUGAUCGAAGCUCGUAGGCUAUAGUUUCAGAGUGCUGCCCUGAGUCGCUAGGGAGGGUCCUGGAGAGGGCCCGGUGUUGGAGAGUAAAAAACACCUGGUUGUGCACGAGUCGGUGUCAGUGCUCCAGUCUCCAGAUGAGGCGCUGCUCACGGUGUACGAGGGUCAUCUUUCUCUCCUUUUUAUGAGGCUGGUCUCCACUCAGGAUGAGUGUCAUGUUGGUGUCUCUUCUACUCUGCUCUAUCACCUCCACAACCUUACAAAGUUUUGAGGUGGUGGGGCCAGAUGGUCCUGUAGUUGGUGUGGUUGGUGAAGACCUGAUCCUGCCCUGUUCCCUCAAGCCCACCACCAGCGCAGUGGACAAGGAAGUGGUGUGGCUGAUUGGGGGUGACAUAGUGCAUCAUUACAAACAUCACAAGGACUGGACAGAUCACAAGAUCCCAGCCUACAGAGGGAGGACGAGUCUGUUCAGAGAAGAACUGCAUAGAGGAAACCUCUCACUGAAGCUCAGAGCACUCAGACUCUCAGACGCAAACACAUACCGUUGUUACAUCGCAGAUCAGACUGGGACUUAUGAGGCGCCAGUGGAACUCGUUGUUGAAGCUGCAGGCUCCACUCCCCUCAUCUCCACAGUAAGCUGGGGGAACGGUAGCGUGCGUCUGGACUGUGAAUCUACAGGCUGGUCCGCUGAGUCCCAGGUGGUUUGGCUGACCUGUGAAGGCCGGACUCUCCCAGCUGAACCCACUAUGCAGAGAUUUCCUGAGGGCCUUAAAGUGAAGAGUGCAGUCACUGUGAGGGAGGGUGAGGGCAGCAGGUUUCUCUGCAGAGUGACAAGCCCAAGACAGACCAGAGAAAUGGAGGUAGAGGUCUCACGGCUGCUUUUUGCUUGCUCCAGGCAUCACUGGGCACUUACUGCACCUAUCCUGCUGUUCUUAUCUGUGUGUUGGAUCUUGUUUUACCACUAUGGAGGCAUCCAUCUGUACAAACAGUGGGUUAUCUCCAAGUUUUCAUGGGCACAUGACUAUAGCCCCCUGACUGGUAAAGAUUCCAAGAUCUACACAGAUCCCCUCAUUAUCCGAAGACCCAGAGGAACAGACCGGGGCACUGUCAGCAUUAAGGACUACAACAACAUCACUCUGGACCAGCUGUUCAGUCCUGACCCUGGUCAGUCACCUCCCAGUGUAGUCAUCCUCCAGGGACACUCUGGAUAUAGCAAGUCCACCACUGCACGGAAGAUCAUCUGCGACUGGGCAUCUAGGAAGCGGUACGCUAAGGAGUUUAAACUGGUGGUUCUCCUGACGUGUAAAGAGCUGAACAUGGAAGCACAGGGAGAGUGGAGGAGUUUGUUGGAACUGAUCACUCUGAGCAGUCGCUGGAGUUUCAGACAUGUCAUUGAGGGUGUUCUAAAGGAUGCGCCACACAAGGUGCUGUUUAUCAUCGAUGGGUUUGAUGAGCUGAGGCUGUCAGCAGAACAGCCCAGCUCCCAUCUACCCAGCCAGCCGUUCAGCAGAGCGCCCCCUGCAGACAUUCUCUAUGCACUGCUGGGAGGACGCAUCCUGCCUGAGUCCUUCCUGUUGGUGACCACCAAUCACAAAGCUUCAAAGAAGCUGAGCAAGCUGCUAAAUCAACGAGAACAGCGCUUCACGGAGAUCCAGGGCUUCUCUGAGAGAAUGGUGAAGGAAUACUUCCAUGUGUUCUUUGAGAACAAAGAGAGAGCUAAAGAAGCGUAUCAGUAUGUGUGUGAAAACAACUUCCUGUUCUCCUCCUGUUCCAUCCCUAUGAGAUGCUGGAUGAUCUGCUCAAUACUUAGGGAGAGUCCUGAGGUGAAACAAAUGGAACUGGAAAAUAGGACCCUCAUAUUUUUGCUGUUUGUACUUAUUGUUCUGAAGAACACCAGUAUGGCAAAAAGUGAGGCCCCAAAGAUGUUGGCGAAACUGGCAAAAGAAAGAACAUGUAAAAAGGAAUUCUUGUUUGAGAAGGAGAGUGUAUCUGGUCUUGACAAAAUCUCUCUCCUUCAGGGAAGCAGUGCCAGACAGUACUGUUUUGUGCAUCAGACCAUUCAGGAGUUCUUCUCAGCUCUAUACUUCAUCACCUUAGAAAGCACUAAGAUGGAGAUUGAAGUGAAGACGCUGUUGGACUCAGUAAAGGGACCCUCUGCAGAUACAAACAUCCAUCUUUGGCCAGUCAUUCGCUUCCUUUUUGGAUUCUCAAAUCCAAAUGUGUGGAAAAAGUCAGUUUCACUCUUAGCUUCCCACAACAGUUCAUCCUCAUCAGGCAACACACCAUCUCCAACAUUGCUACAAGAUCUACUAAAAGAAUGGAUUUUGGAAGAGGCUGACAAAUUUAUUUUGAAAGCUGUGAGCUUCUUUCUCCACUGUCUUUAUGAGCUUCAUGACGAUGCGUUUGUGAAGAAGGUCAUGGAGAAAUGGAGGAAGGUUGACUUUGCCUCUGUGGUUCUAAAGAAGAUAGACUGCUCGGUACUGCGCUACUGUCUGCAGUGCAGGCCUGCCAUAGCACGCCUGAAUCUCAGCAACUGCAACCUGACUGCAGAGAAGCUGAAGCUGCUUGCGCCUGCACUGUCACAACUGACAUGCGAGGAACUGUGUGGAAAACAGCCAGUUUUCAGAUCAGAUUAUACAUAAUGUCCUCCGAGCUCUAGAACAACAGAAGUCUGUGGGUUCAGUCAGUCUGUC